CAUCAUACUGUCAACAACUGCAAGAAUGUUGUCUACAUUUAAAUGGCUACAGACAAAUAUGGCAACACCACAUGUAUUCUCUAAUUUACUUUAAGUAAUGAAGUGUAAUCUGCAGUGAGUUAUGGAGUCUGAUUCCAAGUUUGUCUGCAUUUGACAACCUUGGUUUGAGACUGAACAAUUAACUUAUUUUAAAUUAAAUUAUUUCUCCAGAGUCACUGACACCCACAAAUGUCCCCAAAACAGCCAAAUACUAAUAAAAAAAAAUGGAAAUACAGGCAAGGGCUGUGCAGACACUGAUAUUGUGACACAUUUCCAGUUGGUCUUGAGUGAUAAUUGAGAAGGAUUAUUGUUGUAUGAGUCUAUACAUUUUUAGUAAAAUCCUACAUAGUUUAACUUUAAAGCUCAAAUAAAAUACACAAGCUGCUAAGUGCAGGAGCACGGACACACCCUCUAAAAACAUACUAUUUGAAAUAUUUCAGGUGCACCAUUUAAUGCUGUUUAAUCUACCUUAAGUGUUAUUUGUCACAUAAAAAAACAUUUUAUAUUUCAUAAUUUGAUUGGGAAAAAAAUGGUGAAUGGAUGGGGUUUCUGCUUCUGAUCUACAUUGAUGAAAUAGAUAUAUUUUUACAGAAAGAUGUUAACUGGUAAAUAUGAUUGUCCUUUCAAUCAGCUUCUGCCCCUUUUCCCAUAUAAUCAACACACUAUGAAGGUCAUAAUAGUUUGAAAUUCAACAAAAUGCCAGUAAGAGAUUGUCAAAACAGAUGUAGACUGACUGACAAGUCCUCAAAUACUUUAGAACAGUGAUUGCUCUAAAGAACCAGACUCAGGGUGCCAGCCUCUUGUCCCUGACUCAAUGCCAAGUUAAAUGUGGAGAGUUCCCAGUUUUAACGCUAAGCGCCUAACAGACUGCAGUCAAUGGUGAUUAACACACUGGAUGAAAGGUUCCCAAAAAAUAAUUUUUCUUUUAUUCAGCUUGUCCAUACAAUCAUAAUUCAUUGAAGAUUUAAAUAAUAUAAUAGCUAUAUACACAACUGGAUGAUACAGUAGCACAUAAUCAAUGAAAGAGUGCCCCAGUUACUAGUUUACUAAAAGGAUGAAUCUCAUGUGAAUGUCACUGGAAUGGAGGGGAGAAGGUUACCUGAUAGAGACUUGUCUGUUUACCGUGAAGAUAAAGCCUAAAAAUAUACCUUACUUAAUCUUCUUAAGGGGCGUUUGGUAGGAGUUAGUCUUUAACCGCCUGAUUGACAACACACACACACUCUGAGUCAGUCACAUAGUCUUAGAGAGCAACUUAAUACCUGACAUUCAACAGAAGGCUUUAACAUCUUGAGGUUUGCUUUAUGGUUUCUCACUUGGAGUCAGUCUGCAGCCUUAACUGUUUGGCUGAAAGCCUCGACAGCAUGAGCAUGUCGGGCUUCCUCAAACUCAACAGCCUGGGCAGGAUCUGCGGCUCCAGUCACAGCAAUGAAAUGGUCGUUUUGGACCGGGUCAAGAGGAAGAACUCUGUCAGGCGCAUGUCAAUUAUUGAAGAUGGUGAAAUUGCGGAGGUUCUCUACCUUAUUCCGAAACAGUCCAUGAUGGAGCAGCUGCCAUUCAUCAACCCAAAUGACUACAUCCUGUGUGAAAAGUUGGCCAGCAUCCCUGCAGAGAUGUCGGGUAAUGAAUAGUUGUUUUUCUUGGUUUACAUCUUUUGGGUGAUGAGUUGUUAUGAUUUGUCAUUAUUAUCUCUAAGUUGACCCUGAAUGUUCUGCUUCAUGUUUUCAAAGUUUUCCAUCAUUAUUAGCGAAUGUCAUCACCUUACGAGAAGGAAUUUAGAACUGAUGAAACGUGGCAAGCUGGUGUGAUUUCAAAAUAAGGCGUGAGCGCUCUGUCAGCAUUACACUUCUGGGAAAGAAACACAACACACCAAUGCAUGUCCACAUUGCAGCUAGAUUCAAAUAUUCUCUUGCUCAGCAUGGUUUAGGUCAUGGUUCAGAAGCACAUGAGCACUCGGUGGCUCUCCUUUUGUCCUCACGUGCGCACACACACACACACACACACACACACACACACUCCUGCCCUCUGUGGUUUGGACCACCCUCUUUUCCCUGGGACCAACAGUCCAGUUAGUUCCUCUCUUCACUCUGAUCCACUGCAGUGAGCGGUGACCAACAGACCCGUAGAAACCAACUGUCAUGAAAGUGCUACAUACUCAGGAUGGCUGCCACCCGAGUUCUCCAGCGGGGAAGCGGAUCAUCCAGUGCUUCAGAUGUGGGGAGCGUUGCAAGGGAGAGGUGCUGCGAGUCCAGGCCAACCACUUCCAUAUAAAGUGCUUUACCUGCAAGGUGUGUGGCUGUGACUUAGCUCAGAGUGGCUUCUUCGUGAAGAACGGUGACUUUCUCUGCCCGCUCGACUUCCAGAGGCUUCACGGCACGCUCUGCAACAACUGCAGGGAAUUUGUGGAGGGAGAGGUGGUGACAGUGCUGGGCAAGACUUACCACCCAGCAUGCUUUGCGUGCACCAUUUGCAAACAGGCCUUUCCUGCUGGGGAAUGUGUCACCUUCAGUGGAAAAGACUGCCUGUGUCAGCGCUGUAUUCAACCCGUGUCUCCCACUCCUAACGGCUGCCGUUACCCCAGUAACUGCUCUGGCUGUGGCAGAGAGAUCAAAAAUGGCCAGGCUCUGUUAGCCCUGGAUGGCCAGUGGCAUCUCGGCUGCUUCAAGUGUAAAGCCUGCAGGAAAGUGCUGAGCGGAGAAUAUAUCAGCAAGGAUGGAGUUCCCUAUUGUGAGAGAGACUACCAGAUUCAGUUUGGGGUACAAUGCGAAGCAUGUCAGAAGUAUAUAACUGGAAAAGUCUUAGAGGCAGGAGACAAACAUUAUCACCCCACCUGUGCAAGAUGCUGCCGAUGUGACAAAACGUUCACAGAAGGUGACGAAAUGUAUCUGCAAGGAUCAACAAUUUGGCACCCGCAGUGCAGAGACGGCAGCAGAACUGAGGACAGUUACAGGGUCAGCAGACCAAAAACACCUUGUCUUGAUUUCUUUUACCCCCCACAUGAACUCAAGGUUAAAACUCCCACUCGAUCCUCAUCUGAAAGCUCCAGUUCCAGGCCAGGCUCAUGCACUCCAGGGAGUCCUGGUCGAACUAUCUGUGCAAAAGUAGAUAAUGAGAUCAUUGACUACCGAGACUUAGCAGCAAUUCCCAGAGUCAAGGCUAUAUAUGAUAUAGAGCAUCCUGAUAUGAUAUCUUAUAAGUCUGUGAACGACAACUCCUCUACUUUGGACAACCAAGGCAACAGACAGGACAGGCAAAGCACUGCAGAGUCACUGGGAAAUGUAUCUGAAACCACAGAGGAGAGUUUAGAAAGUAGAAAGUGCAUACCAAAAUCUUCAAGCCACGGUUCUUUUGGAGUCCAUGCGAUGUACAAUCGUCAUAGCUACACCCCAUCAGUGUCCAGAUCACCACAACACUUCCACCGUCCAGGGUUGAUGCUUUCUCCCUCUUUAUUCUCUGGCAACUCUGACACCAGCCCCACUUCCCCUUUAUGUCAUCACUUUCUCCCUCACACCAAAGAGGAAGGAUUCAACAUGUACAGGAAGCCUCCGAUUUAUAAACAACAAGAUCCAAAUUCCUCCCAAACAUCCUCUUUGCCUGGAUACGGUCGUAAUGGCCUCAAUCCGCCACGGUCAGCUGAUUUCUCCCGUUACAGCGGUGAAAGGUUCAGAGACUUUAAGCUCAUCCAUGAUGGCCAACAUCCAUUAACAGGAAUGGAGAGAGGAGUGUCUAUGCCUAAUCUGUUGGAACCAAAAGUCUACCCAUAUGAAAUGCUCACAGUGGCUAAUAGAGGACGAAUGAAGCUUCCCAAGGAUGUCGACAGAACGAGACUUGAGCGUCACUUAUCCCCGGAUUCCUUCUUUGAGAUCUUUGGCAUGGAGAUUCACGAAUUUGACAAACUUCCACUGUGGAAGCGUAAUGACAUGAAGAAGAAGGCAAAUCUCUUCUAAAUGCUGCCUGAUGCAUAUUUUCUGCAUUUUUACUAUGCAGCGCUUGUAAAGUUCUGAUGACCCCAUAUGUUUAUUUCUUUGCUUUUGACAUAAAGCACAAGUCUUUGUGUUAUUGUAAUGAAUGAUGUUUAAAUGUGUCUGUCUUUGUGUGUUGGCCCUGCGAUUGACUGCCGACCAGUCCAGGGUGUACCCCGCCUUUCGCCCGUAGUCAGCUGGGAUAGGCUCCAGCUCCCCCGCGACCCUGACGGAUAAGCGGUAUAGAAAAUGGAUGGAUGAAUGUUUAAAUGUAUAAUACAUUAAAUCAGAUAUGAACAUGAGAACUCACCUUAUUUAACAAUAGAUAGCUGUUAUUAUUUUGUCUUUCCUAAUUGGACAACUCAGCUGAACAUUACUUUAUGUCCAUUCGUCAUAAAUGAUGAAAAAAUAAUGAAAACAUGACAUGUUCAUCUUUGAUGCCAGAGAGAAGGGUUUGCAUGCUGUUUCAAACCACACAGUUUCAUUUAGGAACAAUUGUGCACAAUCUUGGAUUACAAUCAGUGAAAAGCAUUCAGCAGAAAUAAUUCUGUUUUCAAUUAUUUAUUCCUAAAAUAUCUGCAUGAUGGCAACUACAAGGUGGGUGAGGUUAGGCACCCAAAACACAUCAAGGUUACAGCUUAAAGUUUAGUUACAAGUGUGUAUCAAUGUAGUUUAACACAUACAAAAAUAUCAAACAGACUGGAGGAUACAGGUACAUGAAAUGGACACAAACUGCAACCAACAUGUCAUUCUGGUACAAGAUAUUUAGUGAUGCCCUUAAGAACUGGAUUCAUUUCACCCAUGUUAUCAUUGUUGCUACUUUAUUUUUGUUACUCUGUUGAAACUCAUUAUGUUUGAGCACAAAACUGAAGAGAGAAGAUUUUGAGAUUUGUGAUGAUUUUACAUAUAAUUUGGUUUAUUUUUUGUUUUGUCCUGACAGUGACUCUGCUUGCACAUACCCUCAAGCACCCUAAAUAAAAAUCUUGCACUUCUUA